GCCGAGGAAAACCCCCUCAAAACCCAGGAGCCGUGCUGAGCUGGCCCUCCCUCUCAAAGCAGUCAACCAGCCGCAGCUCCUCCCUCACUCCAAAGGGCCACGGUCUGGUCUACUCUCACCAACCCACCAGCAUGGCCGAGCGUCUCGCCGCAGCCGCCACCCUCCGCGCCGCCGCUUCAUCCGGCCCCUUGCCGGCCGGCCGCCGCGCCGGGCCAUCCAGCUCUGCCUUCUUCCGCUCCUCAUCCUCGUCCUCCCCGGCUCUCCGCCUCGUCAGCCUCCGCGCCGCGUCCUCUCGGCCCUCCCAGAAGGCCAAGUCGGUGGGGAGGGGGCGAUCGGUGAGGUGCAUGGCAGCGGCGUCGGACGCGGCACAACUGAAGGCCGCGCGCGAGGACAUCAGGGAGCUGCUCAACACAACCCACUGCCACCCCAUCCUGGUUCGUUUGGGGUGGCAUGAUUCUGGCACAUAUGACAAGAAUAUUAAUGAUUGGCCAGAACGAGGUGGAGCUAAUGGAAGUUUAAGAUUUGAUGUUGAAUUGAAGCAUGGAGCCAAUGCUGGUUUGGUAAAUGCUCUAAAGCUUAUGCAACCAAUCAAGGACAAAUACCCAAGUAUCACUUAUGCAGAUUUAUUCCAGUUGGCAAGUGCUACAGCAAUUGAGGAAGCUGGUGGCCCAAAGAUUCCAAUGAAAUAUGGACGGGUUGAUGUCACAGGACCUGAGCAGUGUCCACCUGAGGGGAAGCUUCCUGAUGCUGGCCCGAGUGCUCCUGCUGACCACCUGAGGCUGGUAUUCUACAGAAUGGGCCUUGAUGACAAGGAAAUCGUUGCUUUGUCUGGGGCACAUACACUUGGAAGGUCUAGGCCUGAACGGAGUGGCUGGGGGAAACCUGAAACAAAAUAUACUAAAAAUGGUCCUGGUGCACCUGGUGGACAAUCAUGGACAGCUGAAUGGCUGAAGUUUGAUAACAGUUACUUCAAGGAGAUAAAAGAGAAAAGAGAUCAGGAUCUUCUGGUGUUGCCUACAGAUGCUGCAUUAUUUGAGGACCCAGCAUUCAAGGUAUAUGCAGAGAAAUAUGCAGCAGACGAGGAAGCAUUCUUUAAAGACUAUGCGGAGGCCCAUGCUAAACUGAGCAGCCUGGGUGCAAAGUUUGAUCCUGCCGAGGGAUUCUCAUUGGAUGAUUAGCGCCGCGCGUGAGCCAGAGAACCCUUGAAGCAGCCAAACACACUUCCAAAAGGACCAGGGGACGGCACAACUUAAUCACCAUUGUUCCUCUCCAGCUUGGUGUCACCAUACUACAGGACGAGGCAUUUUCCCAUCUUAUUAUCAUAUAUGUACAAGAUAGAGAUUUUCCUUUCCAACUUGGUCAAAUUGUUCGAUUUGGCAAUUGAGGUCGCGAGUGCAAAAAUAGUACAGGCACGCCAAACAAAUCUGAGCCAUUCAUUCAUGUGAACCUGCUCCGAUGAGAAUUUCGUUUCAUUCGAAAGUUUAUCA